UUAUAGCAUUAUAUAUAUGAUUACGUUUGCUGUACUAAUAAUAAAUCUUCAAAUUUAAUUUUCAUAAUUCGAUCGAGUGAUGGCAUUGACAAUUAGAGCGGUUGUUUUGAUAAUCAGUUUAGUGGUUCUUCAAGAGAUAGGAGAUGCAGAAAAACCUGCAGGAUUAUUGAUGAAAUGCAGAUUUGAUAAAAUAUAUCAAUUGGGCGACUCACUUUCUGAUACCGGCAAUUGCCUCAGAGAGACCCUUUGUGGAACACAUUCUUCAUGUAGAAGAUUUCCUUAUGGAAUGAACGUUUUUCAUAAACCAACGGGACGUUGUUCUGAUGGCAUGCUCAUCAUUGAUUUCAUAGCGCUGGAAUCUGGUCUUCCUCUCCUUAAUCCGUCCAAGGAUCCAAAUGCAGAUUUUAGUCAUGGUGCGAAUUUUGCAGUAGCAGGGGCUACUGCUUUAUCAGUCAAAUCCUUAACGGAGAAGAACAUUGCUACGUCUUUCACAAAUAGUUCAUUAAACGUGCAACUUCAUUGGAUGUCUUCUCAUUUCAAAUCCAUUUCUUCCCCUGAAAAAUUGAACAAGUCACUUUUCCUAGUUGGAGAAAUCGGAGGAGAUGACUUCAAUUAUGGCUUAGCCCAAGGUAAAUCCAUGGAAGAGUUGCGAAAAAUGGUGCCAGAUGUUGUUCAAACUAUCAUUAAUGGUGUUAAAAGGGUGAUUGGUUUUGGGGCUACUCGAAUUAUAGUUCCAGGUAAUUUCCCAAUUGGUUGUGUCGCGGCUAUGUUAACGCAAUUCAGAACCAACAAAAUAACUGCCUACGAUGAGUAUCAUUGCUUGAAAGACUUAAAUAGCCUUGCAACAUUCUUCAAUCAUCAUAUGCAAAAAGCCAUUCACGAGACGAAGAAAAAGUAUCCAAACAUUAUACUGAUUUAUGGUGACUACUACAAUGCCUAUAUGUCGCUUCUACGAAAUGCAGUCUCUUUCGGAUUUGAUAAAAACUCGCUUCAGAAAGCUUGUUGUGGAAUAGGAGGAAAAUAUAAUUAUAACACAAAUAAAAAAUGUGGUGCACCAGGAAUUGCAGUGUGUGUUGACCCUAGUACUCACAUCAGUUGGGAUGGAGUUCAUUUGACACAAGAAGCAUACAAGUGGAUAGCAAAAUGGCUAAUUGAUGACAUGUUACCUCAAUUGAACUGUUACGAUUAAGUUAUUACUUUUAAUUUCUAUUAAAAAUUUGAUUGUACUUGAGUGAAUUAAGGAGAAAAAUCAAUAAAAAAAAUUAUGAUGAGAGAGAAAUGUUAAUUUGUAUAAUUGAAAAAAAUAGAAGAUAUGAUAAUCUAUAUAUGUGGAAUACACAAAUUCGGAAAUGGCCCCU